AUGGGUCCUGAACACUUAUCCAGACAUCAUGAAGGCCUUGGACAUCAACCCCCAUGAGUAUGGUCCUCUCUUAGAUUCAUCAGUAAUUAAUGACUUGGAGAGAACGUACAUCAAGAAUACCAAUGACAACCUGUCAAAAUGGCUGCCAGCAACACUGGACACAGCAGUGAAGGGUUGGCGCAGCUCAAAUCCUCCUGAUGCCGACGAACAGAAUUGUCACCGCACCACAGUACCUUUGGAUGUGACUGUGAUGGUUGAACAGAAUAUCACUGUUGCCAAAACUAUCAGAUUUGAUACAACUGCAAAGAUGCUAGACGUGUGCAUAGACCAGGUGGUUCAAGUCCUGUACAAGUGGAAGAAUGAGGUCUUGAAGUACAAGAAUGAGUGCUUCCAAGAUCGCAGUCAG